CCGAAACAGUCGCAACCCCGACGAAGCACUAUAUGGUUCAACAUGAGCAGGCUAUUGUGCACGGCUUACAAAACCGAAUGGAACGGUACCGAGCCAAAACCAUGGUUGGUAUACGACCCGUGCGAUAUGGAACUCUUCAACGUCGUCUCGUUCGGAUUCGCUAUUUAUGCAAACAUGUUGAUUUUCAUAUACGUCAGGUGUAUUUCCACAAGCAAUUCGUCUCCGAGAUGUUUGUUCCGGAGUCAUUCGGCUCGAUGCACCGUCAACACGUUUGCUUCUCUCGUGGAGUUUACUCUAUUUGCUGAUUAUGCACUUAGUUCGUGCGGGUCAAUGGCAGUAGCUGCUGUUGGUGUAGUUGCGCAAGUCAGUUCCGGAUUAGUAUGUUACAUGUUAGAAGUGGCCGGACAAUCCGGUCCGUUGGGAUGCGGAGUACUAGCGUGGCUAGUUUGUGGCUUGAGCAGAGCUUUGCUGUUCGUAUCCCUGAUGAAUGCCGGCCUCGAUUUAGACGUGCACAUCCGUCUGACAGCCUUGGCCUUAUCGGCCGUCUGCUGUUAUGCCACGGCAGGACUCCAUCUCUACGCCAUGGUCAGACAGCCGAAAAUAAGAAAAACUGAUUUAGAUCUGGAAUUUUACACGUAUCGACACGACUACGUUAGUUGGUAUUCUAGAGUUACGUUUUAUUGGUUAACGGGAUUUUUGAGAAAUUGUUAUAAAAAUCCAAUCCAACUUGAUGAUUUGGGACAAUUACCGUGUCGCGAACAAUCGACCACGCAGUACGAGAGACUGUACAACGUUUAUCUCAAACAAAAGGAAAUACACGGCACUUCUACAAAAGUAUCUAUGUGGAAAUGUUACUGCACGGUUUACUGGAAAGAGUUUUUAUUGGGCGGAAUACUUAAAAUGUUAGGCGAUUUUGUGGGCUAUGUCGGACCUUUAGGCGUGUCCGUUAUAGUCAACUUUGUCGCGAAAAAACAUAAUGCAACCAAUUCAGAAAUAGCCACCCCAACAAACAUUAAUUAUUCGUGUUGUAUUACUUUUGGGGAUUUUCUAAAUAACGGUUACGUUAUGGCUUUUAUAAUGCUUAUAAGCUGUCUUGCUCAGGGCAGCUUUUCGCAAGCCAGUACUCAUAUAUUGAACGUUGAGGGCAUUCGACUGAAAUCCGGACUUCAAGCAAUGCUCUAUUAUAAAAUGUUAAGGCUACAACAGACUCAAGUUGAUGCUUCAUCAGAAAAUGGUCAUAUCAUCAAUCUCAUGUCAGAAGAUACUAUGAACAUUAUGUCCAGUUUUUGGAUCGGACAUUAUAUAUGGGCAAUACCGUUGAAAAUAUUCUUUUUGAUUUAUUUACUGUACUUAAAACUUGGUUGGAGCGCCAUAUUAGGGUCGGCCUGUUGUAUUUUAAUAAUGAUACCGUUACAAUUUAUCAUUGGCAAAAGGAUGUCUACCAACUCAAAGGAAAUAUCGUCGCUAUCAGAUAAACGUCUGCAAAUGACUAAUGAAGUACUUCAAGGCAUAAGAUUAGUUAAGUUAUGUGGAUGGGAGAAUGAAUUCAUCGAUCGUAUUACAGAUGCUCGAAACAACGAACUCGAUCUAUUAGAUAAAGACUCCAUGUAUUGGGGAUCGAUGACUUUUUUAACACAUGCUUCUUCUGUUCUCGUAUCACUUUUUUGUUUGGGUUUAUACUGCUUACAAAACGGCGCACAACUAGACUCUGGAGCUGUGUUUUCAAGUCUUGCGUUAUCCAAUCAGUUGACCGUCCCUCUUUUUAUUUUCCCCAUUACAGUGCCGAUCAUUAUUGCAGCAAUAGUGAGUACCAGACGUAUUGAAGAGUUCAUGGCACUCCCAGAAAUCACACCGAAUAUUAAACAUUUAAAAUUGCGACUAAAUAAAAAUAACAAGCGCAAACCAACGCCAACUGUAUCAUGGAGUAAAUCUGAUGUUAACGUAUCCAAUAUAACGGAAUUGAUUCCUGAAGAAAAUAGGAACGCUAAAAAAGAAAUUGAAAAUGAUGUUUGCAUUUCAAUAAACGAUGCCACGUUUUCUUGGCCUAACUCAAAGGUUCCAAUUCUUGUUAUUGACAAUUUGAACAUCGAAGAAGGCAAGCUAACAAUUGUAACCGGUAAAGUUGGAAGUGGUAAAACAUCGUUGUUACUUGCUUUGCUCGGUGAAAUGAACUGUUUAUUUGGAGAAGUGGACUUCAAAAAGGGAACGACUAUAGCAUUUGUUUCUCAGAAAACUUGGUUACUGAACGCAUCGGUUUUAGAAAACAUUGUGUUUGGAGACAAAUAUAAUAAAUCCAGAUUCAAAAGAGUGAUAGACGCGUGUGCUCUUGGUCCUGACAUAGACAUACUACCCGACAAGGAAAGGACCGUAAUUGGAGAACGAGGAAUAGCAUUAAGCGGUGGCCAGCAACAGCGAGUAGCUAUAGCUAGAGCUUUAUACUCAAAAGCCAAUAUUAUUUUAAUGGAUAAUCCAUUAUCAGCACUAGACAGCGAAGUUAGUCAACAUGUGAUGUUUAAUGGAAUAAAAAAAUCAACCUUGAAUUACGCCAAAACUGUUGUUAUGACCACGAGUUUUGCGAGUGAUUUAUCUUAUGCAGAUACGGUAGCGCUAGUGGAGUCUGGUAAAAUCGAGUUCUACGGUAACUUGGCUGAUCUUGAACAAAGAGGCGUUCAAAAGAUGAUGACUUCAAUGGAAAAUCAAGAACACGUUCGACGAACGGCAUCCGAAAGAUGGAAGUUAUUUAAACUAGUCAGUAAGAUUGGACAUCAACUUUACCGAAACUGGCCAACAAAUGAAAACCAACAAAUGAAUUUGAAGUCCAAAAAAAGUUUUGGUGCUCUAUACGGUUCCAGAUAUUUGACUCAUGAUCUUCUGCUUCCUACUGAUGAAUGUGGUGACAGAGAUUCUUGUGUCGAGAGGAACCAUUGGAUGUCUUCGAAUAAAAAAAGGGAGAGAUCGGCUACGAUCGCAGAUAUACAACUACCACGACGUAAACCGUUCAUUGACGAUUCGCUGGUAGCUCAACCCGCCGUCAGUUUCCAUUCAAGUAUCAAGUAUCGGAAUUAUCCAAUUGAAAGGCAAGGUCAAAGAAGUUUGAGACGUUACGUUUUGUCGUCGUUCGGAAGCUCACAUUCUACGAAUCGAUUCAACAGACAAUCUCAACACAGUACAAAGCGAAAGACAAGAGCUGAUGGUGAUUUCAGUUUAGCAGAAGAAAUGUUAUUGAAGAAAACACCGUUGGCAAUAUCUGAUAUUAGCGACGAGGAUUCGCCAGACUUGAAAAGUGACCGUGCUCGCUUCGAAGAUGAAUUCGCGUACAAUUCUGUGUCAUUAAAAACGUAUUUCAAGUACAUAUCGUGGAGUGGCUGGCCAACGUAUGCGUGUUACAUAGUACUUACAGUUGCAUGGCAGACAUCCAGAGUGUUCAUAGAUUUUUGGUUGAGUUGUUGGACUAAUUUGGAAUUCUCUCACGACACACAAACUUAUUGGUAUUUGACCGGUUACAGUCUCCUGUGUUUAAUUUCUAUUGCUUUAUCUGCCCUGUCGAACACCUUAGGUCAGUAUGGCGCUUUAAAUGCUAGAAAACUUGUGCACCAACGAAUGUUAAACAACAUUAUCUUUAGUCCAUUAUCAUUUUUCGAUACUACGCCGAUUGGAAGAAUUGAUAAUUGUUUUUCAAACGAUUUAAUAAUUAUUGACAAGAAAAUAGGUACGUCUAUGCAACGUUUGGUGCAUUUCGUUUUUUUGUGUUUGUGUGGCAUUGUCGUGAACGCCAUUAUAACACAUUGGUUUUUAAUUAUCGUUGUACCAAUAUGUCUUGUGUAUUACACAGUUCAGAAGUUUUAUAGGUGUUCAUCUAGGGACUUGCAAAAACUGGAAGGUAAUCUACAGUCACCAAUGAUCGUACAUUGUAACGAAACGAUUUCUGGGUUAGACACAAUUCGAGCUUUCGGGAAACAAACUUGGUUUAUGUCUGAAAUGAUUAACAGGAUCGAUAACCAUACGAAAGUGUUUUUGAUCAUUAGUUCGUCCAAUCGAUGGCUUGGAAUCGCGUUGGAUUACUUAGGAGGCGUUAUUGUUUUUGUGGCAACAAUGGUAGCAUUAAUCACUACCACGUUUUUUUCUUCUGCCAUUUCUUCGGCAAUGGUUGGAUUAGCUAUAAAUUACACCUUGUUGGUACCCGUAUACUUGAAUUGGGUAGUCAAAUUUUUUGCCGAUUUAGAGUCGUACAUGAGUGCUGUCGAGCGGACUGAAGAAUUCGCAACAAUACCGACAGAAAACUAUAGAAGUGAUAUCACAGCGCAAGGGUUUUCAGCUACAAUCACUCGAGCUUGGCCGUCCAAAGGAUCCAUAAUAUUAGAUAAGGUAUCGGUAAAGUACGACGAAAAUCAAGAGCCCGUCAUCAGCAACGUGAGUUUACACAUUCUACCGGGGCAAAAGGUAGGAAUAUGCGGUCGUACGGGCAGUGGCAAGUCGUCUUUGGUGAUGAGCAUACUUAACAUGGUACCGAUUCGAGACGGGACAAUAACGAUUGACGGUGUCGACAUAAACAAUGUACCUCUGCAAAGUUUAAGGUCUCGUAUUUCAGUCAUACCCCAAGACGUAAGAAUGUUUAGCGGUACAAUCAGACAAAACUUAGACCUGAAAAACGAAUACUCGGACAACGAGAUAUGGAGUUGUUUGAGAAUGGCGCAAAUGGAAGAAACUGUACAACUACAGUUGGGCGGCCUCGAGGGUAUAGUGAGCAAUGCGGGGGACAAUUUGAGUAGUGGCCAAAAACAACUGCUAUGCCUGGCAAGGGCAAUUUUACAAGACAACGUUUGCUUGAUAAUGGACGAACCCACCAGUUCAGUAGACGACGACACUGAAACAAAAUUAUUGGAGGCGAUAAAAAAUUCAUUCCACGGUCGAACUGUUAUUACCAUUGCACAUAGAUUAUCGACGAUAUCGGAUUACGACCGUGUACUUAUUUUGGAAGGCGGUAAAAUCAUUGAAGACGCCGUUCCGUCGUCAAUCAAGUCUCUACCAGAAUGCAUUUGAAUGGAAGUUCGAAAUAUAAUCUGUACUCCUGUUUUGUAAACAUAUAUUAUGCAA